AGAGAGAGAGAGAGAGAGUCUCUCGUGAGAGAAAGAUGAAUUUUCGUGUCUCUUUUUUUCUUGUCUUAACUCGGAACUUUCCCACAUUAAACACGUGGACCAUAAAAGGACACAGAGAUCCGUGACCCGCUACUGAAGCAGCCGUUUAACCCGAGGAGGAGCUCCAACGGCCGGCACGAGGCUUGUUUGUUUGACCGCGCGGGGACACCGAGCUGACCCGAUCCUACACCUGCUGCUGCUCUCGCGCCUCCCGCGUAAACCGAGCCCGGCACGAGCUGCUCCUCUCAGCCAUGGGGUUAAAUCUCAAACAUGAGCGCUAUCAUCAGGUUCACUUUUUACGGAUUUUUACCGGAAAACAUUCGGAUUUUUUAAACGUUAAAGAGCCGCGAGGACCGUUAAACUGCUGCUGAGACACUGAAGAGAAAACACGGAGAUUAUAGCUGCUGGAUCUGUCAAAGUAGGUCCUAACGGUCACGGUCCAGUUUGUUUUUAAUUAAAUAUUUAUGGUUUUAAGUUAAUUUAAACGAAAAUAACCGUGAAGAAACCGUUUUUUUUUUUAAACACAUAGAUUAUAGCUGGUGAAUCUGUCAAAGUAGGUCCUAAUGGUCACAGUCCAGUUUGUUUUUUAAUGAAAUAUGUAUGGUUUCAAGUUAAUUUAAACGAAAAUAACUGUGAGGAAACCGUUUUUUUUUUUAACACAGAUUAUUGCUGCUGAAUCUGUCAAAGUAACUGUCCCAGUACAUUUCUUUUAAAUUAAAUAAGGUAGCCUACAAAAAAAAUAAAAUAAAUAAAUAAACCGUUUUUUUUUUUUAAACACGGAGAUUAGCUGCUGUCUUUGUCCCAUAAUCUCUCAAAGUAACGGUUAUUUUUUCUUCUUCUAUUAGCCUAAAUAGGCAUUUUCCAUGGUUUAAAGUGAAUGUGGAAGAAAACAACCGUUAAGAAACCGUUUUUUUUUCUCUCUGCUAUAAUGAGUCUGUGGACUAACGGCUCCUCCGCGGAUCUUAACGUCACUAUGAGUCUGUGGACUAACGGCUCCUCCGCGGAUAUUGACGCCGGGACUCAGCGUCAACCGCCCGGCUCCAACUCCUCCAACAGCACCAACGGCUCCCGGCACGACGCCGCCCCGCUGGACCUGAGUCGGGCGGUGCCGGUGGGCAUGGUGCUGGCUUUCUUCAUCAUGUUCGCCAUCGUGGGGAACAUCCUGGUAAUCCUGUCGGUGGUUUGUAACCGACACCUGCGGAUCCCGACCAACUACUUCAUCAUCAACCUGGCCAUCGCGGACCUGCUGCUGGGAACCACCGUGCUGCCGGUUUCCGCCACGCUGGAGGUCCUGGAUUACUGGGUGUUUGGGCGGAUCUUCUGUGACAUCUGGGCAGCUGUGGACGUGCUGUGCUGCACGGCGUCCAUCAUGUCUCUGUGCGUCAUCUCCAUCGACCGAUACAUCGGCGUGCGCUACCCGCUGCAGUACCCCACCAUCGUCACCGAGAAGCGGGCGCUGCUCGCCAUGCUGGGCGUCUGGAUCCUCUCCAUCGUCAUCUCCAUCGGCCCGCUGCUGGGCUGGAAGCAGACGCCAUCACAGGACGCCACCGAGUGCGCCAUCACCCAGGAGCCGUUCUACGCCCUCUUCUCGUCGCUCGGCUCCUUCUACAUCCCGCUGGCCGUGAUCCUCGCCAUGUACUUCCGCGUCUACGUCGUGGCCAAACGCACCACCAAGAACCUGGAGGCCGGCAUGAUGAAGGAGCGCAUGGCGGACUCCAACGAGCUCACCAUGCGGAUCCACUGCCGCAGCCAGCAGAUCCAGGAGCUGUGCCCCGCCAACGCCAACGCCAACGCCGGGGGCGGGGCUUCGGCCGCACGCAGCUCGCUCACCGUCAAGCUGCUCAAGUUCUCCCGGGAGAAGAAGGCCGCCAAGACGCUGGGCGUGGUGGUGGGCAUGUUCAUCCUCUGCUGGCUGCCCUUCUUCCUGGUGCUGCCCAUCGGCUCCUUCAACAAAGAUCUCCAUCCUCCUCCUACUUUAUUUAAAGUUAUAUUCUGGUUGGGAUACUUCAACAGCUGCCUGAACCCCAUCAUCUACCCCUGCUACAGCCGCGAGUUCAAGCAGGCGUUCAUCAGGAUCCUGCGCUGCCGCUGGAAGAGGAAGCGCCAGGGCUGGCAGGCGUACUACAACUACCGGCGCCAAGAGGGCUCGCACGCCACGUCCAUCCUGAACGGCAGCCAGCAGACGCUGGCGUCCGUCGGCCCCAGCCCGCGCUGCGUGGCCUCCAGGCUCCGCCCCCCCUCCUCCAGGCUCCGCCCCGCGUCCACGCUCGCCGAGGGUCCCGGGACGCCAGGGCUCGGCACGGGCGCAGACAGAAGCGCUAACUGAUAUACACACAGCCUGCCGCUCACAGGAAGUGGCUGUUCUUUUUAAAAACACGCACAGGUGUCACCGAUGACAUCACGAGACGCUCUGCUCGCUCACGGAGGAGACGGAGGAGUGUUAGGACCGUCCUCGGCAUCGAACCUCCGGCUGUGCUCGGCGCAUUCUCGGCCUAAACCCUUUUUAAAAUGUCUAUAUCAGAAAUAUGGGUUUCUUUUUAAUCACAUUACCCACAAACUCUCACACACACACACACUCACACAAUCACGCACACACAC